CAGCGCUUAAUAGAGCACGUAGUCCCGUUACUUAAGAAAUAUGAAGAGCGACUAAUCAAAAUGCAAUGUGUUUGCUUGUUUCACAUGUUUACAUGAACUGUCCAUAUUAUACGUAAACGUGUGACCAGGCACGGCUUUUCGGAAGGGCGUGGACCAGGUAACAUUAAGGUCACAUGCCUUUGAUGGACGGAAUAAUGGCGAACCGAUAUAUCUGGAUUUCCGCUUUGCUUACCUUAAUCAACGUCAACCUGUCUAGUCAAAGUUCUAUCCAGGACAGAGGCUUUACUGGUGUUGAAACGGAGCAUGGAGUGUCUGUGACAUCCACUGCUGUUGCUGUACUGGACAGCAAGCUCACGCAGAUCUUCUUCCCAGUGCUGUACAUCAUCGUCUUCAGUGUGGGCUUGCCAACCAACGCUAUGGCCAUCUGGGUGUUUCUCUUCAGGACAAAGAAGAAACAUCCCUCAUCCAUUUUCAUGGCCAACCUCGCACUGGCCGACCUGCUGUUCGUAAUCUGGAUUCCCCUAAAGAUCGCUUACCAUUUUAACGGAAAUCACUGGAUCUACGGAGAAGCCCUGUGCAAAGUCCUGGUUGCCUUUUUCUAUGGGAACAUGUAUUGUUCGACUGCUUUCAUUGCGUGUAUUAGUGUCCAGAGGUACUGGGCCAUCAUACAUCCUCUUUCCCAGCAGAAAAGGAACAACAAAUUGGCAACUGUUGUUGCUGUGUGUGUGUGGCUGGUUGUGUGGGUCAUUACCGUGCCUCUUUAUUUAUACGACCAGACUGUGAAGGUCACCAACAUGAAUAUUGUUACCUGCCAUGACGUAACUCGCCCCAGUCAGUCACGCUACCCUUCUAUCUAUUUCCUGAUUAUGGGAGUUGUCGGAUUCUUAGUUCCCUGCAUAGUAUGUAUAGUAACCUACGUGCAGAUGCUACGUGCCCUGAAGAGCUCGAUGACGGACGCCGACAUCGUUCAGAAGCGAAGGAAGGCUGUCGUCCUCAUCGUCACGGUGUUGGUGAUGUUCCUAGUGUGUUUCACCCCGAGUAACAUCAUGGUGAUGGUGCAUUACUCCCUGCUUUCUAUGGGAGUACAGGACAGCGGUUACGGCUUCUAUCUCUCAACGCUAUGUCUGGCCAGCCUCAACAGCUGCGCCGAUCCAUUCAUAUAUUAUUUUGUUUCAGAUGAGUUCAGAGAACAUGUAAGGAACACGUUACUUUGCCGCAGCGAACGCACCGCGCAGAGGAUGCGGGUUUCUUUCAGCGCACUGAAGUAUUCAAAGAAAAGCAGGAACUACACAUCAGAGUCCGGAAACACGCAGAGCAGUUCCUACUGAGAACUGUUUAACAAAUCUGUCCAAUGCUCUGAUGCUCUACAAUACCUCUUGAAAACUGUAUAAGCUCUUGUUAUUUUAUUAUUAAAUGUUGUACGGG